AUGCUUUGCGAACAGCAAAGAGGAUCGGGCUCUAACACGCUGGGAAACGGCGGCGAUCGCGUGGGCAGUAUCGAUGGCAAAUCGAUCUGGCUCGGUGCAGUGGCGUAUCGCACGCGCGGUUCGCGUGCAGCGGAGAAUUUCGUCUUCGCUUCACGCCAGGCGACCCCCAACAGAAACUCGCCAGGCUUCAUCGACCUUCUACUGCCAGAAAGGCGGGCAUCUGUCGAUGCGUAUACCGCGCCUCAGGUUCAGUCACAAUCAGGCCCUGGUGAGAUCCGAGAUCGUCUGGAAACGGCCGGGGUGCGAUCUAGUGUAGGUGGAAUACGCUUUGCCUUUGGGCGAAGAACCCCUAGCAAGAGCGACACGGAGAAGCGACCGGGUCGUGUGCAUGAUGCGGCGCAGAUCAGGCCACCUCUACGCAUCGGACAAUGUGUGCUGCUAUUGGACGAGGCGGCGACAGCAGCCCGAGGCAGGCGUGCAGUACCGCAGCCUGCGCUCUCGUCGCAGCAUGCGGACUCGGCCGUGGCGAUCCUACGUCGCCUGAACUCUCUGCCCUAG